GAAAGGGGAGGAGGGGGAGAAGAAAACAGCAACUGCCCAUGCAGCAGGAGAGGCAGACGAAACUAACGAUAUCUCGGAGAGAGAGGGGAAUUGCUUUAUUCCAAAGCCAGGAAACCCCGAAAACCAAGUAGAAAUGUUUCCAAAUAACGCCAGGGCUUGCCCCGGGAAUGGAGAUUUUUCAGCCCAGAAAGAAAUACCUAGCCCCGGGAAUUCUCCGGCGCUCCUUCCUGGUUCGGAAGAAUCCCCACAGGGAUCAGAUUUCCAGCAGCCCGGCAGUCCCAGAACGGGGGUUCCCAUCCCCCCUCGCGAAAUUAAAGAACCAGUUUUACACAAGAGCAGCCUCCCCGGCCCAGCACCUAUCCCUGUACAGCGGGGCCGGCGUGGGCUCCAUGCCCAAGGUGCACUGGAGCCGGCAGCCCUGUGGGGUGCGGCCCAGCCACUUCAGCCGCGGCUCGGGCACCGUAGCCCGCCGGGUGCUGCCCGCGAUCGAGGCACCCAAGGCGGUCGAAAAGGACCAAGACGAGAGCCAGAAGAUGACUCCGCAGAGGCAGCGGGACCUGCAUCUCAUCGCUGCGCAGGUCGCCACUGGCACCAACAACCACUGAGGGAGCCAAAAAAUCAUCCCCCAGAUCUCCUACUCCUAAAACUAGCAAAGCCUUGGAGAAAAUUGCCGAUGUUCUGCAAAAUAGAGAAACACAUCACUAUGUUCCAGAUAAACUUUUUUUCCUUGCAGUUCUAGGAGAAACGCUGAGACAGUAUGGCCUCAUUUUCCAAUGGGAUUCCUCUCAAAAUGAUCCUUUGUUAAUAAUUGAAUGGGCUUUUCUUUCUUACAGGUCACCAAAGACAAUCUUCACACCUUUAGAGAUGAUUUCUCAAAUCAUCAUUAAGGGCAGAGCAAGGCUUCUUUCUAUAGCAGGUUGCGAAUUUGAAAUCAUCUAUUUACCUAUGAUUAAAUCGUAUUUUGAUUGGGCCAUGCAGAAGUCAGAAGAUUUGCUCUAUGCCUUGUUAGAUUUUCCAGGUGUUUGCUCCAUUCAUUACCCAGCACACAAACUAAUCAAAGCUAAAUUGUGCUACAAAGAGAAACCCCUUAUCAGUGAAGAACCUUUAGAUGCAGUUACUCUUUUCACUGAUGGGUCAGGACAAACACACAAAGCAGUGAUUACAUGGCAGAAUAAAAACACUAAAUCUUGGGAGCGAGAUGUUCAAAAAGUUGAGAGUUCUCCUCAGAUUGUUGAAUUGGCUGCAGUUGUAAGAGCAUUUCAGCUCUUUCCAGAGCCCUUUAACUUAGUCACUGAUUCAGCAUAUGUUGCUAAUGUUGUUAAGAGAAUUGAAGGGUCUGUUUUAAAAGAUGUUAGCAAUGACACAUUGUGUCUUUGGCUUACCUGUCUUUAUCAAAUUUUGUUACACAGAACUAAUCCUUACUUUGUUGCUCACAUUAGAGCUCACUCUGGUCUCCCAGGAUUUAUGGCAGAAGGGAAUGCACGAGCUGAUGCAUUGGCAUCAGCAACAUGUGAUGAGGGAACUGAAGGAGACAUUAAAGAUUGCACUUCUGUGCUUCCUGCAGCUACCUUACCUAACAUUGUUGAACAAGCUAAAUUGAGUCAUGCCUUUUUUCACCAAAAUGCACAGGCGCUCAGACGAGAUUUUCACAUCUCCCUAGAGCAGGCACAAGCCAUUGUACGGGCUUGCUCUGACUGCCAGCUUGUUCAGCCUAUCCCUUCUACGGGAGCAACCAACCCAAGGGGGUUGGAAAGUUUGCAAAAGUGGCAAACAGAUGUCACAAAGUACUCUUCUUUUGGGAAAUUUAAAAAUAUCCAUGUCUCUAUUGAUACAUUUUCAAAAGCAGUUUUUGCGUCUGUACAUACAGGAGAAACAGCUAAGCAUGUUUGCCAGCAUUUUUCACAAGCAUUUUCUUCAUUAGGUGUCCCUCAAGAAAUCAAAACUGAUAAUGGUCCUUCAUAUGCUUCACAAGAAUUGGCCACAUUUUUAAAUGACUGGGGUGUUCACCAUACAUUUGGUAUUCCCUAUUCUCCUACAGGUCAGGGAAUGGUAGAAAGAACACAUCAAACUCUAAAACGCAUUUUAGAUCAACAAAAAGGGGGGGGAGUCCAGGAUGCACCUCAAAGAAAGUUGAAUAAGGCUUUGUAUGUUUAUAACUUUUUGAAUAGCUCUGCAGAAGAGCCAGAUCCUCUCAUUUACAGACAUUUCAAGAACAACAAAAAAGCAAAACUGAAGGAACAACCUCCAGUUUUAAUUAAAAAUC